CGCCCCUUCCGGUCCGUAACGGGCUGCUGCUCCCGGACCCACGUGUUUGCACAGGGCUGAAGUUGGAGUUGCUGCCGCAGCAGUCCGUGAGGUGGUUGUGUCUGGACGCCACGGGGCCUCGGUGGCCAGGACAUCGCCAUGCCGAAAGGACUGAAAGGAAAAAUUGUAGGUCGAGAAAAAAAAGUCAUCCAUCCGUACAGUAGGAAAGCAGCCCAGAUUACAAGAGAGUCUCACAAGCAAGACAGGAAGGAAAGAUUGAAGAAUGAGAGGGCCUUGCGUCUCAACCUUAUUGGUGACAAACUUCGGUUUCACGGUCAUCUGGAUACAAAAAAAACAAGAUAUUCAAAGAAGGAUGCCUGUGAAUUAAUUGAAAGGUAUUUGAGUCGAUUCAGCAGUGAGCUGGAGCAGAUUGAGCUACAUAACAGCAUCAAGGACACAGGCCGGCGGCACCACUCCCGGGAGACGGUCAUCAAGCAGACGAUGGAGCGGGAGCGGCAGCAGUAUGACGGCUAUGGCUUUGAGAUCCCAGACAUUUUAGACACUAAUAAUCUGCAGACUUUUCGAGAGUGGGAUUUUGAUCAGAAAUUGCCAAACAUCAAAAUGAGGACUUGUGCUAAUGAUGCAAUUCAGAAGCGCAAACAGAAACCCAUUUUAAAUAUAGACAAAGAUUUAGACAAAGAUUUAGAGGAAUUAGAUCUAACUGGGGACCCUGGAGACUCUGAAGAUGGGAAAUUGGAACCAACAAGUGAAGCAAGUGAUUCGGAUGAAGAAAUGACCCCGGUGCCUGCCUGCUCUUAGUGAAAUCUCUUGAGACCCUCCUGUCCUGCUCAUUGGUUAUGCUGCAUAAUCAUGGGGGUGGGGCUGCUGAGGUGGCUCAGCAGGGGCCUUGCUGCCAAGCCUGACUGCCAGAGUUUGAGUCCCAGAAUCCAUGGGUUGAAAGAACAGAUGCUGUAAGUUUUCAUCUAACUCCACAUGCACACCAUGGCAUGUGUGUGUGCACACACAAAUAAAUUUUUAGUGAUUAUUUAUAUGUA